AUCUACAUGGAUCAUAAAUCGGUUAAAGAUAAUGGCCUGCCGGCGCUAUGUUUUGUCUGUAUAUUUUUGUUUCUGGAGAAUGAUCGGGUAAAGGGAUAGAGAAAAGUCGACGAACAUGAGGUUUUUGGUUUGGAGAAAUUAUGAGAUGGAAAGACAAAACUGCGUAGACUGACAGUUGGGGACAGUCAAAGUAAAAUUGAAGAGAUGUGUCGGAUCGGCCACGACCACGCCCACUUUGAUUAUUUACUUUAGUGAGCUGUGCACGUGCAUUACUUCCGAUCCCCGCUCCAUGGCCGGCCAUUUCUAUGCUCUUUUCAGGUCAGUUGACUUGCUGCGGGAGACCACACAACAUCAGGGGAAAAUUGCUUAGUCAUGGUAGGCAUAUGCCACACUCAUUGGUAAGCAUAUAUGCCACUCUCAUUUGCUGCAAAGCUAGCUUGGAGAAGACGACCGAAGAAACAUCGCCUGGCCUGCGCAUGCAUGAUACGGUAUCCCUUUGCAAUCGCAAAAGUAGACAGGAAUAACCGUCGUUUCUGGGGAUUUAUUCAACAAUUUCUGACAUUUUACUUUAAUCCCCAUUAGGUGAGUGGAGCCAACGCAGUUCAGCGGAACAACCAAAAUACAGAGACUGAAGCUUUUGGUCUAUCGCAAAAGAAGCCCGACCUGGCCCGACGUGUUGACAGCGUUCGCUCGAUGGUUAAGUUGGAGGACAAAACUUUUACUUCACUUUAGUAGCAUAUAUUUACUUGGCACUGGCUUAAUUGCUUAGAAAAAAGACACAUCAGAUCAGGUCAUGGCAACACAAAGCGGAUUGAAAGUAGUUCUGUUCCUGGGAACAUGCAGAGAAGGACGAGUCGGGAUUCGAGUGGCAAACUUCAUGAUCAACCAACUGAAAGCAAGAGGACAUGACGUGCAUUUUAUGGAUGCACAGGAACUGAAUCUUCCAAUCCUGACCAAACCGUUGCACUUCUACACGGACCAGACGCAAGCCCCUGCUAUCCUUCAGGAAGCAAAGACAAAGAUCGUUGCUGCCGAUUGUUAUGUUGUGGUCUCUGGAGAGUACAAUCACUCCAUCCCACCAGGUCUUAGCAAUCUAUUUGAUUACUUCCCUGCGUCUAUCUUCAGCUACAAGCCUUCGGGGAUCGUAUGUUACUCCCCAGGUCCUUAUGGUGGGAUGAGGGCCGCCAUUCAGCUGAGGGCAUUCCUGGGCGAAAUGGGCUGCAUCAGCGUGUCCAAUAUCUUUGGCAUCCCCAACGUCGGUAACGCUAUCAGCAAAGAGGGGAAACCCCUCAACGAGUACAUGGAGAAAGGGGCCGAGAAGCUCCUGGCUCAGCUGGACUGGAUGGCCGAAGCUAUGAAGGCUAAGCGUGAGAAAGAGUUUACUUCAUGAGGUCUAUCCUCAUCCAAUGUGGAUUUAAAACCUAGAGGAGGCUGGUUUUGGGCUCUAGAUAAGAAAAAUUGUGUGGAUACAGCAUUUGCUCUGUUAAGUUCCCUAUUCCUUCUCCAAGACUAUUGAAGUCUUUACUUUCAGACCCUGUUCUGGACCAAAUUGUCUUAAUCAAACCCAGUUUAAUACUUAUGUCUAUUUGUUUAUCGUAAUGGAAUAAAUCAUCUUUUGAGCUGAGAGGAAGCGAUGCAGUUGUCACCAGGGCAAAUGUGGCAUUGAGUUUUGGGUGUUUUAGCAGGGUUUAAACUUGGUUCGUGCUUUGCCUAUAUGAUAUAUAAGCUGUGUCUUUCAUAUAGAUAGAUGGCAUACACUAUAUUCAUGUAUAGAGUAGUCUUUUGUGACAAGGGAUUUGUUUGAAUAUGAAUAUGAUCUGCAAAUGGUUGGCGAUGAUGUUAUUAUGAGCAAGGAAAGAGUGGGAAAUUAAUAUGGAUGUGCCAUCUAGUACUUCACUGCCCAUCUUAAUUAACUUCAUUAAAGUUCAGUGUAGUUUGAUUAUUGAGUCUAGGGCCCAUUUCAUAAAAACUACUGCAACCUUUUGCUAUUACUGUAUUGUAACUACCAUGGAAAACUUUAUUUUGAUUGGCUGCUUUACCGAGUUACCAUGGUAAUGGCAAAGUAACAUUAGUUGUAAACUCUUGAUGAAACAAUGCCCUAAUAGGUGCUAUUAGGUGAUCAAGCUUGAAUUGUAAUAUUUUACCUCGUCAAAAAAAGAGUAAUUUUGAAUUCUAGUAUCGUAGAGGGUUAUUUCAACUGUUUCAUUUCCUGAUUAUAUAACUUAAUGAACUUUUUAAGUUCGGAGGAUGAGGAUGAAACAAUCAUUCUAUUUGAAAUUUGCGCAACUUCAGGAAUGCAGACAAGAUUUCCUGUCGGCACUUCCAGUUGACAAUUUACCCAUCCAAGUUUUGCAAUAUGAUCGAAUAUAUUUUAUCAGGCAAUCAUGCAUAGUCAAAUAAGUUUGUUUUCAAUCGUGCAAUGGACAGAAUACUUCAUUUGGCUACACCUCGUUGAAUGGAUCUUCAUCUUUCACCUCGUGAAAUAUUCUUUCCAUUGAACCCAUUAUAAGCAUUGAUUAUUGUGUAAUAUAUUCCACUAGUUGUGAGUUAAGUUACAUGAUAAAAUCAAUUAAUUUUCACCUUGAUAGUGUAGGUUUUCUUAUUGAGCUUGUUACAAGUGAACUGGACAAGUGGGUAAAGUUAAUUACCUAAAGUUGAAUCUCUUGGGACCCCAGAAACCUAUUUGACUUGGGAGAAAAUUUGUGUUACAAGUUACACCAUCGUGGCUAAACCCAGUUGGUCUACUGUAAAUUUGGUCCAUUCGCCACUUUGUCCAACCAUCAUUUUGUCAUUACUCACUUUGGUCACAUGUCAAUUGGUUUAAUGGCUGGAUGACCUUAAUUUCCACUUUGUCUGCCUACUUUUUCAUACUUGGUGUCAAGUAGAAAGUUGUUAAAAACUUCAUUAAAAAAAUCAUCUUAUCAUGUAGAUUAUUAAGUGGUGUUAGACCAUGUGUAUUUUGACAAAAUUGUUAGACUAAGUGUAUUUUGACAAAAUUGUUAGACCAAGUGUUUUUGACAAAAUUGUAAUAGCCUAAUUGGAAAUGAGACAAAAUGAGAAAUGGCUUAGUGGCAGUCAGACCAAAUACUUAAUAGACAAACGUUUGUAGACGAACUAGGAUCAGACCAUGUGGGAUGAGAGCAAAUGGAAUGUUGGCAAAAUAUUACCACUUCCCCGUAUUCAGAUUUACCCAAAUUUGAUUACAUUCAGAUUGUAUGAUGCAAGUAUUUGGAGGGUGAGAUGUUGAAUAUCACUUGAUAAGUGGUAAUUUAGAAAACCAAGCACAAUUAGCUUAGAUACUUAUAUCAUGCUUUCAGCUACAGUACUUUAUAGUGGUAAUUUUGGAUUAAGUAAGCUUUAUAUUUGUGUAAUACAGGUAUGUAGCAGUCUUUCAAGUAGGUUGAGGAGUUUAUAUACACUCCUGUAAACAAAUGAUAAACAUAGCCUAGAAAGUCCUCAUGGGGGCGCUAAUAGCAAUAUAUUAAUUGUCAUGUACAGGGCACAGUACAAAAAAGGUUGAUAUCUCUGAUUAUCGACCUCUUUAUUUUGAAGGAAAAUUUUUAGAUUAAAUGUCUUAUGCCUAUUCAAGUAAAAAUUGUUGGUGUCUUAUUUUAUAGAUUGUUGGAAUCCUUGUGUUGUAAUGGUAUACAACGUAUGAUCUGCAUUGGUGUCAUAAAUAUAUAUCUGGAUAAUUCUUGCUUAAAAAGCAAAUCAUCAGACUUUAUAACUAAGAUAGAUGUUAAUAAACCAAAUUCAUUAUAUUUCAGUACUUUGCAUUUACAAUUUAAUGACCAAUUUUCAAUAGUUACGGUAUUCCAGAGUGACAUUUUUGUUCCAAUUCAUAGCUUCUGCAAUACCAGUAAUAUAUCAUGAAUGUCUGUUAAAGAAGAAUAAAUGCAAAUACAUGUACAUUUACAUUAUAUUUCCAGUCAAGGCUGUUUGCAGGAAUUGUUUUCUAGGGGUCAAUAAUCUAUCAAAUGUCCAUCGAUGUCUGCAAGCAAGGGGGUGAUUUUUAUGACCUGAUCACAAGGACACGUUUUUUGUUUUAUUUUGAAAUUGAAAGUACAGUGUUCAGCUAAUAGAUAUGGGGGGGGGGGGGUUGGCAGUUUAAACAGGUUUUAAAAAUUCCCCACUGCAUAUGUGAAAUGAAAAUAGAUAUACCUCAUUAAAGAAUGAAAGUGAAUGCAAAUGUGUAUAGUUUUGUACCAAUUUUCUAUUAUGAAUUAUAGUUUUAGAAUGUUUAUUGAUUUCUAAUAAAUUUGAAACAACUCUCCUUUCCUUUUUA